AUCAGCUGUGUCCAAUCACAGCUGAUCACAUAGCAUUGAUGAUCAGUGUGCCCUGAUGAUCUGUGUAGCCCCGGCAGCUCCACCUGUCAGUGUCCAUCAGUGCCAGCUCUCAGUGCUCAUCCAUGCCACCUGCCAGUGCCCAUCAGUGCCACAUCAGUGCCGCAUUUCAGUGCCCAUCAGUGCCACAUCAAUGCCACACAUCAGUGCCCAUCUGAGCUGCCUUUCAGUGUCACCCAUCAGUGCCAGUCAGUGCCACAUAUCAGUGCUGCAAAUCAGUGCCACCUAUCAG